UACCUUUCCAGCCCCAGUGAAACCCUAUGCCAACCACGAAGAAGAUGACAAAUGAGAGGGGACGCUGCAGUCAAUUAAAAGGCUUCACCACGAUUCUUUCGGUUUCCCCUUCAAGAGGAGUUGGGCCGAUCUCGAUGCCCGAGGAGGAUGUCCUUUCCUCUCACAACUCGAAAUUCCCAAACACAUAAAUAUCAUCCUAAACAAGGCAUCUUUCGAUUUCCAGGAUUUGAGGCAGGGGAAGUAAAGCUUUGAUCUUUUCAUUUUGCUUUAGUAGGUUGCCCGCUUAUUCCAUCGCAAGUUCGCAAUUGUGAGGAGCUUCUCCUUCUUGGGACGAAACGAAUUCCCUGUUUUUUUGGGAGAUUUAAGUGCAACGACUUGUAGCUUUCGUUGAUGAAUUGGCGAGUGGUUAGCCCUAGGAUGGGUUUUUACUGAUGACUGCGAUUUGUUUGAUGCUGGGGAUUUUUUGAUGAGGGUGAACACUUCUCAUUUCCACUGCCCGUCGUAUUGUUUCUCUAAGCCACCACCACCACCUCGACCACCGUCGCCACCGCCGCCGCCGACACCAUCCCCGCCUCCUCCUCCAGUUCAGUGCCAGCCUGAUGCUUUGCAAACCGAGGAUUCGGUUGGCCAUACGUCUUGUAAGUCUUCCCCAGGUCCUCUUGUAGUUGAGGGGAAGUUGUGUGGUGAGAAGGAGGAGAUUGGUGAAAAUGGCAUAGAUGGAAGGAAAAGGGAGUUUAUUCUUAAGAGCAGCCUGAAGAAGACUAGCACUUCAGCUUCGAAGGAUAUUGUGCGAGAAUGCGUCAAGUGGAUGGAUGACCUGGGGGAAGAGCUUGUGGAGAUCAGGGAGUUUGAACAAAUUGAAUCAGGAGAACUUGAUGAUGCAAUGAAAGAUCAUCCAACCUGCUCAUGCGUUAUUCUAUGAGCACAGUAACCGAUCUGGAGUUUUCUUUAAGGGCAUAUUUGCUAUGAAUUUGGUGGUUUGCUCAAGCUAAUAUUUCUAGCAACUUUCAAAGCAGCUGAACACUCCACCAUCGAACUGUCAAAGCAGAUGAAAGCCAUAACUGACUUCGAGGUUGAAUUAUUAUGCAUGAAAGGGGGGCUUUUGGAAAAAAAAUGAAAAUGUUGUUAAGGAUAGAUCAUACAUGAUUGCUGAUUGCCCCAACUGAGCUGAUGUUUUUUCUAUAUUUAUUUGAGAAAACUGCCGUGUAAUUGACUAUAUCCCAGUUUUUUUCUUUGAUUUUUGAGGAUAAUCAAUCUAUAGGUGCUCUGUAACUUUUCUAUUGUCAGGGGAUUGUAUUAUUUGUUUAUCAAUA